AUGCCACUUACUCAAAGCCUAAGCAAGCAAGACCAAGCAAGAAGGGCAGCACAAGGUCUAGAACAGCAGCAGCGGAGCAGAAGCCAGUGGAAGAAGCAGCAGCAGAAACUAGAAGCAAAAGUGGAAGUAGCAGCAGCAGAAACCAGCGGAGGAAGCAGCAACAGAAACCAGCGAAGGGAACAGAAGCAGAAGCCAGAAGCAGAAGUAGAAGAAGCAGCAGCAGAAACCAGCGAAAGAAGUAGCAGCAAAAACCAGCCAAGGGAGCAGAAACAGAAGCCAGAAGCAAAAGUGGAAGUCAGCGCAAGAAGCAGAAGGAAAAGAAGAAGAAGAAGAGAAGAGAAGAAAGUCCAUCAUGAGGGCUAG